AUGAAACGGGCCCACAGUGAAGUGCUUAAAUUCGCGCCGUUCAACUUGAAGAACAGGCACUCCCUCAUCUCAUUUUACAAAAUGUUAAGCAAAGAAUACAAGUGCGGAGAGCUUCACCAAAAUAUCAUUUUAAAUCCAGACGAGAAAUCCUCCUUCCUUUACCUGCAACAGAGUCAAGACGAAAUUAUUUUCGGCUUUAAGGACACCAAUAAUGGCUUAUAUCAAAAGCUGGUAAAGUUAAAAGACAGCAGAAUUUUUGGCUACGAGCAAACCAAGCAAGAGGAAGUAAUUGCGCCGUUAAUUAAGGACAUAAAAAAUUACUCCUACAUUGAAGGAGGCGCUCUGGUGACCUUUCACAAGCCGCUGCUGAAGAGUUACAUGCUCUCUCAGCUGCAGGAGCUGCAGAAGAUGCAGAAGUUGAAGGAGCUGUCGGGCGAGUGA